CGUGCGUGUGCGUGCUGGAGGCGCCACGUCGGCAGAAGCUGCAGCUUCGGUGUGAGCAGCACAAGUUUUUCAGCUGUGAUAAAAAGCAGCAGCAGAGUUUCAGAGUUUCACGGAAAAAAAACAGAAAAACGACAGAAAGCUGCGAAACUUGGAGCGGAACAGUUUGUUGAGGGAGCAGCGGUGGAACCAUGGUGAAGAAUGUGAACAACGUCAACGUGGAGCCUCAGCCGGGGACCAGCGAGGCCUCGGACGGAGACGAACCUGCCUACAGUCAGCCAACAGACGACUCCGCUAAGGACCACGGGGCAGCGGCGCCGCCUGGCGUCGUCUGGAGGGUCACCGGCGGCCUCUUCAACGUCACCAAGGGCGUGGUGGGCGCCGCGGUGGGGGGCGUGGCCUGGGUGGGCGGCAAGAGCCUGGAGAUCACCAAGUCGGCGGUUACCACGGUGCCAUCGGUGGGCGUCGGCCUGGUGAAGGGCGGAGUCUCUGCUGUGGCCGGCGGCGUCUCCACGAUGGGCUCCAGUGUUGCCAGCAAAGUCCCGUUCACGGCCAAGAGGAAGGACAAGGCGGAGUGACGAAGAUGAUGAUGAUGAUGAGCCGACAGAGAUGCUGAUCUCCGACUCCACGGUACCUUCAUCGGUUUCUAAACUCUAAACACAGAACAAGAAAUGCUUCCUGGAACGUGGUGACUUCCUGUUGAAUCUCUUCCUGUUUACAGCCAGACUGAGCAUGCUCAGUGCCGCUCUUCACUCUCUCCAAUCUGCACGUCUGGUGAAAUGUUUCUCAGUUCCCAUGCUGAUUUUUAGUCUUUGUUUUUUAUUUUUUGUGAUGUUAUUGAAGCAAUGUUGAAGAGGUGUGUGUGUUGAGGAAGCUGCAGAUCACCUGCUCAGGUGUUUUCUCAGCUUCCUGUUGUGAAAUAUUCUGUUGAAAGUUAAAACGCUGCAGCGAUCGACUGACUUUUAGAAGAUUUAAUCAUAAAACGAUGAGCAGCCGGACCUUUAAUCAGAACUCUGAGCUGCAACAUUUGGAUCUGAGGGACGGAACGAUGUCCUGUAUGUUUGUACUGUUAUUUUUCAAUGUAUCAAUAAAGUUCAUUAUAUUCUGA